CAAACAUCCAUCACUGCGCAGCAAACCAGGCCGGAGGAAGAGAAGCUGUCAACAGAAUCCGUCGCAAUUCGUAUCUUCUGCUUCUCACUACUCGCCGGAUACCGAAGCCUUUCAAACAACGCGACGAAGACACUAUUUAGCUGCACUACACACAGUGCCAGAACCGACAGAACAAAAUAGAACAGUACCAUGCCGGCCUUUGUUUGCGAACCCGCUAGCAGCAACAGCAAUUCCGGCAACAAGCCAGCCAAAAAGCUCAGCGUUCCCCCCGAUGGAUACGUCUGCAAGCUGUGCCACACCAAGGGCCACUGGAUCCAGCAAUGCCCCGAGAAACCAAAGCACAAGACGAAGAAAAAGAAAAACCCCAACCACGUCUACCGACCCGGAAUCGAUCCCUCCAAGGAGGACAUCGAAAGGGCCAGGGCCCUACAGAAGCUCACGCCACCCAUGUGUUUCUGCCGCGUCCGUUCCCGGUUGAAAAAGGUCAAGCGGUCCUUUGCCAACAGCAAUGCAGGCAGCAGCAGCAGCAAAAACAACAACACCGACGACUACUACGACAACGGAAACGCAUCGCACUCCUACCGGGAGCCCGACUACGAGCGCUCGCGGGCGAUCGGGAACUACUUCUUUUUCUGCUCCAAGCCGAGGGGCGACCCGACCCAGUGCCGCUUCGCCCGGCCGGUGGAGGACCACGAGUCCAUCACGCCACGGUCUCGGCGGGUCUGCGCCUUUUUCCAGAAGCACGGAUCCUGCAGAAAGGGGGACGCCUGCGCCUUUUCGCACGAGACGAUUGGGGGCGGCCACGGAAACGAAACCGGCAAGCGCAAGCGCAGCGGGGAAUGUGCGACCGCUAGCAGCGAUCCACCAGUCACCGGUGGCGACUCCAAGAAGCAAAAACAAGAUGGCAAAGACCACGGCUCCGUUGCUUCCUCGAGCAGCAGCAGCAGCGACGACGAGGCAGAGACGGACGCGAACAAGACAGCAGCGGCAGCGAUCCCAACAAACGACGACAGCGAAAGCAGCAGCAGCGAUUCGGACAGCAGCGACGGCGACAAAACAAAAGUUACGACUACCGUGAAAUCCGCGCAAGCAGCAGCGAUCGAACGAUCUAGCGAUAGUGAUAGCGACAGCAGUGACAGCGACAGCAGUGAUUCCGAUAGGGGCCGGUGUGAGGACAAGGCAAAAGCUACUGGCGAAACAAGAACAAAAACGAGAUUGAAGAGCACAUCACCCAGCGGCAGUAGCAGCAGCAGUAGUAGCAGUGAGUCAGAUAGUGACAGCGACUGAUGGCUAGAAAAGACGCUCGAUAGAAUAACUAAGAGUUAUUACA